AUGUUAUGCGGUAUCAAAACUCCGAUCACCUUACUGGCUCUGUUGUUUCUAGCAUCAUGUGUUGAUUCUGAAAGUUUCGGGUGCGUUAAUUUCUUUUUUCUGGAAUUCCAAAACCGAGUUACCCGAUCAGAUGAUGUCAAAAAAGAACCACAAGGAGGAUCAAUUUUCAAAAUUCGAACUACAGUAUUCUUCUUCAUUUAUGGCUUUCUUGUGCUUUUGGCGUUUAUUGGAUUCUUGGUUUGGCGACUUCGAAGGUCCAAGUUUCAAGCGAGGAACAGUAAAAUGCAUUUCGAAAACAUUUGCCAGGAGUUGGAUGGGAGUGAAGACCCGGUUCCAGAAUCCAUGAAAGACGCGCCUAUAAAUGAUAAAAUCGAUUAUCUACCGUAUAAAAAGAAUUACGAAAUCGCAAAAGAGAAUUUGGAAAAAGGUCCUGUUUUGGGACAUGGAAUGUUUGGGGUGGUCAAAAAGGGAUACCUCAAAAUGGCGGAUCCAAAAACCGAGGAUGAGCAAAAAAUGAAAUUGGAAGUUGCAGUGAAAUCCGUCAAAAAUACAUAUGCCUUGGACCAAAUCAGUAUGCUAGCCGCUGAACUUCGAUUGAUGUGUGCAAUUGGGAAAUUCCCAAAUGUUUUGGCACUAGUUGGUGCGGUCACCUCGGAAUUGAGGAAAGGACAUCUUCUAAUUGUGACAGAAUAUAUAGAUCAGGGAGACUUGCUAGAGUACGUCAGAAAGCACCGUCACCUCUUCGAAGAUCAUUUGGUACCGGAUAAAACUGAACCAGUCAGCUAUCUGACCCCAUUGAGCGCUAAGAGGAAAACGUAUCAUUUUAAAAAUGAAGAAGGGGAGACGGAGAAAGCGAUUAGUCAGAAUUUGGACUCAUUGACGACUUCAGACUUGCUUUCGUUUGGAUUGCAAAUUGCUAACGGAAUGCAAUAUUUGUCCACGAUUCCGCUAGUACACCGAGACUUGGCUCUUCGAAAUGUCCUUCUUAAAAAGAACAAGACCAUUCGGAUAGCAGACUUUGGAAUGGCAAGAAAGUAUGAUGACAAAACAUAUUAUAAACAAUCUUCCAAAGAGGUCCCAGUUCCUAUCCGUUGGAUGUCUCCAGAAGCUGUCCACAACAUGAAAUUCACUCAGCAAUCCGAUGUUUGGUCAUUUGGAAUCUGUCUCUACGAGCUUUUUACACUUGGUGGUCUUCCAUAUCCUACCAUUGAUAAUGAAGAUAUCUAUGUUUAUAUUCAAAGUGGAAGACGUUGCUUGCAACCUGAUCAUUGCCACGUGGAGUUAUACGAUCUCAUGAAAUUAUGUUGGAAUGCCAAACCAGAACUGCGACCAACAUUCACUCAUAUCGUAGAGUAUUUUGUGGAGCAUAUGAAAAAGUCCGCGGAGCAUGUUUAUGACUUUGUGGAAGACAUGCUCCGAUUGGAAGCGGAAAGCCAGAGGAAGUUGGAUGAUUGGAUAAGAAUUAAUCGGUCGGAAGCUUCUGAAGUUGAUCUUAAAUCUGUUUAG